CAACAGACUCAAGGAGUACUUCCAGUGAAUUUUGAACAAUUUUCUUUUGACCGGCGCAUUGUCGCCCGAAUUAAAGCAGUCAAUUACACUACGCCUACCCCGAUUCAGCAGCAAGCCAUCCCCAUGGUGCUCGAAGGGCAUGAUGUGAUGGGUUUAGCCCAUACCGGCACCGGUAAAACCGCAGCCUUCAUGCUGCCUAUUUUACAGCGGUUAACCAAAGGCCCGUUCCGUCGCGUACGCGCCCUCAUUGUUGCGCCCACACGCGAACUCGCUGAACAGAUUUAUCAGAUGGGCAUUGAUCUUGGCAAAAAUACCGAAGUGAACAGCGUACCCAUCUACGGCGGUGUGAGCAAAGUUUCUCAGGUCUCGCGGCUGCGGCGUGGCGUAGAGAUUGUUAUUGCUUGUCCUGGUCGCCUGCUUGACCUCGUUUAUGAUGGCGAUAUCGAUCUAUCGCGCGUUGAGGUGCUGGUGUUGGACGAAGCUGAUCGCAUGUGCGAUAUGGGCUUCCUCCCCGAUAUUCGCCGCAUCCUCAAGCUACUGCCGGCCCAACGCCAGACACUUUUCUUCUCAGCCACAAUGCCAAAGGACAGCCGCGAACUGGCAGAUAAUAUCCUCAAAGAUCCGGUCAUAGUUCAAAUCGGUAAGAGUGCUCCGGUGGAGACCGUUUCACACGCGUUCUAUCCGGUGCCCGAUAGCCUCAAGAAAGAUCUUCUGCUGGCAAUGUUGCAACAGACGCCCACCGGCCGGGUCUUGAUCUUUACCCGCACCAAGCAUCGCGCCCGUAACCUGGCACGCGACGUGGAAAAGGGUGGUUAUCACGCAGCAGCGCUGCAAGGUAACAUGUCGCAGAGUCAGCGGCAGAAAGCGAUCAAUGGCUUUCGCCAUGGGAGAUACGACAUUCUCGUCGCCACGGACGUUGCUUCGCGCGGCAUAGACGUGUCGGAAAUAUCGCACGUGAUCAACUUCGAUAUCCCCGAUACUGUCGAUGCCUACACUCACCGGAUUGGUCGCACCGGUCGCGCCCACCGGUCUGGUGAAGCAUUCACGCUUGCCGGACGAGCGGAUGAGGAGAUGAUACGAGACAUUGAAAAACUGCUGGGGACACAAAUCGAACGGCGGCGGUUACCUGAUUUUGAUUACGGUAGUUUCGUACCGGAAAGCCAAUUCCAGAAGAACCAUUCAAAGCCGCUACGAAAGACACUAUCACACCACAAGCGAAACCAUAUUCGCCCCAAUAAAGGUAGGAAUAGCCCACGUCGCCGUAUCCACUCACAAUAG